AUGACACAGAGGGAUCAUGGUCCUGCUUCUCCAUCUACUCCUAGAUUUCGUCAUCGUAGGCGUUCAACUGAGUCUUUUCCGGAUGUACGCAAAUUGAGCGGAAGCUACUUACUCGUUGAUGACGAGAACAAGUACAGAUCAAUGCGGAUCCGCACAGCUUCUACGUUUUGGAUGCUUAUAAGUAUACUAUUCAUUCUUUACAUGGGUCAUCUUUAUAUCUGUGCCAUGGUGGUUGUCAUCCAAAUAUUCAUGACUGGAGAGCUAUUCAGUUUAUCGAGAAGAGUCAACGAGGAAAGGCAGCUUCCAGGAUUUAGGCUGCUAAACUGGCAUUUCUUCUUCACAGCAAUGCUGCAUGUAUACGGCCGUAUCCUCAGUCAACAUCUUGUAAAAACUGUAACGUCUGAAAGGGCCUUCUAUAAGCUGGUGAACAAGCUUGUAAAAUACCAGAUGGUCAUUUGCUAUUUCUUAUAUAUUGCAGGAGUCGUGUGCUUCAUUCUCACCCUGAAGAAGAAGAUGUACAAAUAUCAGUUUGGUCAGUAUGCGUGGACACACAUGAUCCUCAUUACGGUAUUCAUGCAGUCAUCGUUCACUGUAGCCAACAUUUUUGAAGGAAUAUUCUGGUUCCUUUUGCCUGCAUCACUUAUAGCUAUCAACGAUAUAGCUGCUUAUCUUUUUGGUUUCUUCUUUGGAAGAACACCACUGAUCAAACUUUCUCCAAAAAAGACCUGGGAGGGUUUUAUCGGAGCAUCUGUUGCAACCAUGGCAUCAGCAUUUCUGCUUGCAAACAUCAUGGGCCGUUUUCAGUGGUUUACUUGUCCAAGAAAGGAUCUAUCAACCGGUUGGCUCGAGUGUGAACCUGGUCCAUUGUUUAAGCCGGAUUACUACUCAUUAUCUGGGUUGCUUCCUGAAUGGUUCCCAUGGAAGGAGAUAUCCAUUUUGCCCGUGCAGUGGCAUGCUUUAUGCCUGGGCUUGUUUGCAUCAAUGAUAGCACCUUUUGGAGGUUUCUUUGCGAGUGGAUUCAAGAGAGCUUUUAAGAUCAAGGAUUUUGGUGCCAGCAUUCCUGGACAUGGAGGUUUUACUGAUAGAAUGGACUGCCAGAUGGUGAUGGCCAUAUUUGCUUACAUCUAUUACCAGUCUUUCGUUGCUUCCCAAGACAAUCCUGUCGAGAUGAUCUUGGAUCAGAUUGUACGGCAUCUCAGCUUCGAGGAGCAAAACGCACUCUAUUUGAAGCUCAGUCAGAUAUUCGAGGAGCGGCAGUUUAUCACUUCCUUGAGCAGAUAAUUCUCAGUUUCGCUUGGAUAACAAUUGUUGGCAAUGGCUAUGAAGCAACUUCAAGGUUAUAGGAUUCAAUUGUUUCGUCUCCAAUUGCCCAAGGUUAUAGGAUUCAAUUUUGAAGAUAGGCAGGAUCCCAUUUACAGGUUGCAACCAUGGUUUGGAGGAAAUAGAAUAGAGAUUAGAAUGGUGGGAUUGCUGACGUUUUAUUGUAAACUAAGGACAUGGGGCAAUCCCGAACCACCCCAAGAACAUGAAACAAACGAAUAACUGUGUGCUACCUUGCACGAGUUGCAAUUUUCUAUCUCGAUCUUUGUCAUAACGUUUUUUGGUUCUGCUUUGUGGAGACCGAGGUUUUGAAUGCUUGGUCAGAACUCACAACAGAGUAGCAAUCUCAAGGAG